CCCGCGACUUCGACUCGGCCUCAGUCUAGUUUGCAAGCAACCAACCGCCUGCCUGCCUGGCACCUGCGCGAAAGGAGGAGCAGCAAUGCAGUACUAGUAGGCACCAGCACGGUGGCAGGGGCAGAUUAGUUGUGAGGCGCUUGCUUCAAUUGGCGCCAUCGACAUUUGAGCUAGAGGCCAAGACAAUAUGGCUGAGGCUACUGUAGCUGCGGAUGCGCCCAGCACUGCCCCCGACGCUGCGCCAGAGGGGGAUCACAAGGUGGCGAGCAAGGGGGAGCGGACGGAGCGUGUGAAGCGCCUGGACAGACCGAAUCGUGCAGCUUUGGAGGAGGAAGUUGCGAAGCUGAACCAGACCGUUGACCAGCAUCAGGCCAGAAUUCAGGAGAUCAAGGUUCUGAUUGACAACAAGAAGGCGGGGAGGCAAGGUGUGUCUGGGGAGGUUGCAGAAGCUCGAAACAAGCUCAAUGAGCUUGUGAAUCAUUACAAGGCACUGAUUGAGGAGAAGAACUCCAUCAAGGAGGAGUUAAAGUACAUCGACCAAGCUAGGGAGAAGGCCCGGGAGGAGGCCAAAAGCUUGAAGUCCAAACUGCCUUAUGUCAGGGUUGAACAGAUUGAUGAGGAGGUCAAGAAGCUGGAGUACAAGAUGCACCACACGUCGCUGACCAUGGCCGAGGAGAAGCGGACCAUCAGCCAGAUCAACGAGCUGACCAAGUCACGCGAGUUUGUCAAAGUGUACAACGAGCGGAUGGACAAGCUGUCGGGGGAGGAGUCGAGCAGGGGCGAGGUGCUGGAGCGCAUUCGCCAGAAAGACGCGCAGAUCAACGCGAUCAAGGCGCAAGAGUCAGAGCAGAGGAGGCUGCUCAACUCCAUCCGGGACAAGGAGCAGUCACACACAGCUGAUAUUCCGGGCCUGCAUCAGGAACGGAGUGAGCUGUACGACAAGAUCAGUGAGCUGAAGAAGCAGGGUUACGAGUUGAGACAACAGUUCAGGGCCAAGGAGCAGGAAUGGUACGAGCGGGAGCAGGAGUGGCGCAAGCAGGAAGGGGAGCGGCGGAAGGCGCAGCGCGCGGUGUGGGACGCGGAGCGCAAGGUCAAGGAGGAGGCGUGGAAGGCGCGGCAGGCCGAGAACUUCGUGGAACCGUACACUGACGAGAUCAUCAAGUGCGAUCAGCUGACCGCCAUGCUGCAAAAGUAUGCGCCUGCGCAGGCGGCCGCUGCCGCGGCCCCCAAGACCGAGAUCAAGAUGCCGGAGGGCGUCAGCAUCUUGAAGAAGGAUCGGGAUGCAGGGAUGGACGGCUGGUUCGGAGGGCUUGGGGGGGGGUCCAAGAAGGGCAAGAACAAGGGGGGGGGCGCAAAGGACAAGAGCACGGAGAAGCUGUCGCUGUCGCUCGACGCGCUGGCGUCACUGCAGAGCGUCUCGGUGGCAGCGCCGCUGACGGUGGGCGAUGUGAUGGGAGCGAUUGAGAAGGUGAAGGAGAAGAAGGUGCACUAUCAGGAGCUGCAGAAGGAGGAGCGGGUGAAGAGGGAGGCCAAGGCUGCGGCGGAGAAGGAGGGGGUGGUGGAGAAGGAGGAGACGGAAGGAAAGGCGGAAGGGGACAAAGAGGAGGAUGAAAAGGAGACGAAGGAAGAGGACGAGGCAGAUGCAAAUGACGCCGAAGAAGAGACAGAUGCCGCCAGCAAAGGGGAGACUAAAGCGCCUGAGGCCAAGAAGGUCGAGGCAAAUGGGGUUGCGAAGGUAGAGAAAAAGGAGGAUGCGGCAGAGGAGGCGGCGGAGGAGGCCGAGGAGGCCGAGGAGGCCAAGGAGUAAACGAGCUUUGCGCCGCUUGAUGGAAUGCGGGUCCGUUUGCAGACCUGCAAGAGUCUCGUUCUCGUUCGAAAGGGGUGUUGCCCUUUUAAAGUCACGGGUAGACUACCGUACACAGUUCUCUUUAGAAGGCAAGCUUCAAUCAGCGGGUGAAUUACGCCCACUUUGGCGCCUACAGCUUCCCAUCUUUACUCAUUCCAAUUUAGUACCGCGUUCGCAGAAAGUUUCUCUGCAAGUGUCAUGAGGCACUGGUCCUGAUUUUGAGCGACCUAGAUACUACUUUCUGGCUGGACGGCCCGCCCGCCCCCCGCGCCCGCCUGCCUGCUUUCAGUUAUGCAAUCCAAUCCGGCCAUCUGAAUGAUUGCCAUUUCAACUCAUGAA